CAAUUUUCCUCAGAAAGCCUGGGACACAGAAAACAGGAAACUGGUCAAAGGCUCCUGCAUGUUAGAGCCUUUUACAGACUCACUGCGUUGAGUCUAACAACCGCGACUGAAUGCAGCCUCCAAUGUGCUCAGAAGAAUGGGCUUACAUUUCAAGUGGCCAUUAGGGGCCCCUAUGCUGGCAGCAAUAUAUGCAAUGAGUAUGGUUUUAAAAAUGCUGCCUGCCCUGGGUAUGGCGUGUCCACCCAAAUGCCGCUGCGAGAAGCUGCUCUUCUACUGCGACUCUCAGGGCUUCCGCUCAGUGCCAAACGCCACAGACAAGGGCUCUCUGGGCCUGUCCCUGAGGCACAAUCACAUCACAGAGCUCGAAAGGGAUCAAUUUGCCAGCUUCAGUCAACUUACCUGGCUCCACUUAGACCACAAUCAAAUUUCAACAGUAAAAGAAGAUGCUUUUCAAGGACUAUAUAAACUUAAGGAAUUAAUCUUAAGUUCCAACAAAAUAUUUUACUUGCCAAACACAACUUUUACUCAACUGAUUAACCUGCAAAAUUUGGACCUGUCUUUUAAUCAGCUGUCAUCUCUGCACCCGGAGCUCUUCUACGGCCUUCGGAAGCUGCAGACCUUGCAUUUACGGUCCAACUCCCUGCGGACUAUCCCAGUACGUCUGUUCUGGGACUGUCGUAGUCUGGAGUUUCUGGAUUUGAGCACAAACCGUUUGCGGAGUUUGGCUCGCAAUGGAUUUGCAGGAUUAAUCAAACUGAGAGAGCUUCACCUAGAGCACAACCAGCUGACGAAGAUUAAUUUUGCUCAUUUCCUACGGCUAAGCAGUCUGCACACACUCUUCUUACAAUGGAACAAAAUUAGCAACUUGACAUGUGGAAUGGAGUGGACCUGGGGCACUUUAGAAAAGCUAGACCUGACUGGAAAUGAAAUCAAAGCCAUCGACCUGACAGUGUUUGAAACGAUGCCUAAUCUUAAAAUUCUCCUCAUGGAUAACAACAAGUUAAAUAGCCUUGAUUCCAAGAUCUUAAACUCCCUGAGAUCCCUCACAACCGUCGGCCUCUCUGGCAAUCUGUGGGAAUGCAGCCCUCGAAUAUGUGCAUUGGCCUCCUGGCUGGGCAGUUUCCAAGGUCGGUGGGAACAUUCUAUCCUAUGUCAUAGCCCUGACCACACCCAAGGAGAGGAUAUAUUAGAUGCAGUCCACGGAUUUCAGCUCUGCUGGAAUUUAUCAACCACUGUCACUGCCAUGGCUACAACUUAUAGAGAUCCAACCACUGAAUAUACAAAAAGAAUAAGCUCAUCAAGUUACCAUGUGGGAGACAAAGAAAUCCCAACUACUGCAGGCAUAGCAGUUACUACUGAGGAACACUUUCCCGAACCAGACAAUGCCAUCUUCACUCAGCGGGUAAUUACAGGAACAAUGGCUUUAUUGUUUUCUUUCUUUUUUAUUAUUUUUAUAGUGUUCAUCUCCAGGAAGUGCUGCCCUCCCACUUUAAGAAGAAUUAGGCAGUGCUCAAUGAUUCAGAACCACAGGCAGCUCCGAUCCCAAACACGACUCCAUAUGUCAAACAUGUCAGACCAAGGACCGUAUAAUGAAUAUGAACCCACCCAUGAAGGACCCUUCAUCAUCAUUAAUGGUUAUGGACAGUGCAAGUGUCAGCAGCUGCCAUACAAAGAAUGUGAAGUAUAA